UAAUAGAUAACUGCAUUGGUGAGUGAUGUUUAAUGUAAGUUCUGUUAGGGGAGUGUUUAAAGUAUUUAAUGACGUUACUGCUGUUAUUUCUGAUGCUGUUUGAUGAACUUCCAGCGCAGCCGUGUCUCGCUCACACACACACACACACACACACUCACGCAUUGACCGUCCUGCACGGCCCCGUCUGCUGCCUUUCUAGAGCCCCGUAUCAGUCCCUCCUCUGUUUUUCUCUUUCUUAGUUCCUCCGAACCUGACCGUACCGCGGGGCAAGUCUCCGAUGGCGGUGCGGGAGGGAGACACGGUGGAGCUGGAGUGCCUUGUUUCAGGGAAACCCAAGCCCAUCAUCCUGUGGUCUCGGGCGGAUAAGGAGGCGCCGAUGCCGGACGGCAGCAUGCAGACGGAGACCUACGACGGCGUCCUGCGCAUCGUUAACGUGUCGCGAGAGAUGAGCGGAUCCUACCGCUGCCAGACCAGCCAGUACAACGGCUUCAACGUCAAGCCCAGAGAAGCUGUGAUCGAGCUCAUCGUGCACUAUCCUCCGGCGGUGGAGCCGGUGUGGCAGGAGGUGCGGCAGGGUUUGGGUCGGACGGUGUCCAUGAACUGUCGUGUUCUUCGGGCUCAUCCGUCCCGUGUGCUGCGCUACGAGUGGAGACUGGGCUCGCGUCUGCUGCACGCCGGCACCUUCGACUCGCGCGACGACACCGACUACACCGUACGCAGCCUGGCACGCGAGGGCUACGGCGAGUACACUUGUGACAUCAUCAACGAGGUGGGGCCGGGACGCUGCACCUUCCUAGUGACCGGGAAAGCGUAUUCUCCAGAGUUUUAUUAUGACACCUAUAGCCCGCUGUGGCAGAACCGGCCGCGUGUUUAUGGCUAUAAGCUGCAGUGGACGCAGAUGAACCCAAGCGCCGUGGACCGGAUCAUGGCCUACCGCCUCGGGAUCCGACAGACGGGGCAGCAGCGCUGGUGGGAGCAGGAGAUUCAGGUGGAGGGAAACAUCCAGAAAGGAGAGCUGAUCACUCAUAACCUGACCGAGCUCAUCCGGCCCGAGGCGUACGUGGUUCGACUGACGCCCAUCACACGUUUCGGAGAGGGAGACUCCUCCACCCGAGUCGUCACGUACAGCGCUCCCAUCAAUCCUCGUCUGAGAGAGUUUCACUGCAGUUUUGAGGAGGAUCCCGUCUGUAUGUUCACUCAGGACAAGAACGAUGACUUCGACUGGACGAGACACAGCGCAGCCACACGUGACACCAAAUACACGCCCAACACGGGGCCCAGCGGGGACCGCAGCGGCUCCAAACAGGGUUUCUUCAUGUACAUCGAGACGUCCAGACCUCGUAAAGACGGUGACAGGGCGCGUCUCCUGAGCCCCACGUUUAAUGUGGCCCCCAGAAACCCCUACAGCAUCACCAUCCCGCCGGUGUACUGCUUCAGCUUCUACUACCACAUGUACGGCAAACACAUCGGCACUCUGAAUGCAUUUGUGAAGCAGAAAGGUCAGUCGACUUCAGAUGCCGGUCCAGUCUGGUCUCUCAGCGGGAACCAAGGGGACCGAUGGAGACAAGCCAAAAUUAGCAUCCAUCCUACUGCCUCCUUCCAGGUGAUAUUCGAGGGCAUCCGCGGCCCCGGGAUCGAGGGGGACAUCGCCAUCGAUGAUGUCACACUCGAGGAGGGGGAGUGUCCGGACCCUCCGUCCAAUCCGAUCAGAGGAGCGGCGGCACACAGCGUCUCCAGUAUAUGGCCACUGAGGGUCAUGCUGUUUUUUACCCUAAUCAUCGGUCAGAGGUGACGCUCCACGUGAGAAAAGACUCCUCAAUAUUUAAUCACCAAAGAUUCAUGCUUUCGGAUCGCGGAGGAGGCACAACAUCGGAAUGAAACAACAACAAACAGAAAAGUAAUAACUAAUGCUUAAAAUAAUAAUCUGCCGAGAUGCACCAAUGUGUGGAAUCAACCAAGGAUUUGAACGUUGACCUCAAAAGCACAACGAAUACUUCGCAAUCUGGAUUUACCUGAAAGCAGUUUCGCGAAAGAAGAUUGAGUUUUACACACCAUUCCCCUUCCCUUUCUCCAUCUUGAGAUGUUGUUUUCUGGUGCUCUGGAGUACAAUCAACAAAACAUCUCAUCCUCUGGUUGAUCUUCUGUUGAAUUGUUCUGGGUUUGGUUUUGGAUCGGUGCUUUAAAAUGCAAAUAAAACAGAACCUCGUUUCGCUUUAUUCCCCGACUCCAGUAGCAGCCUGAUUUCUCAACACUGUGCUCACGUUCUCAAGCGAAGAACCUUGCGUUUUUUGGCGUCCGUGACGGUGGAAAACUCAGUUCGUCGUCGUUGCCAGCACCAGUUGAGUGACAUUAAAAAAAAAGAAGUGCCUUCAGGUUAAAAACCGAUCCGUUAGCCUGGCCAUCGACACCAAACGUCCAUGUUUCUAACAUCUCCGAUGGGCUAUUUUAUACUCAUUUCUAUCGCCCCCCAAGUGCUGGAAUGCGCGACUGCGAGCGUCACGUACGAACAAUCGCGAACUCACGAUGUUUGGCUGCUGGAGGACGAUGUACGGACGAAUGUCACGCUUUCCAUCCUCGGCUGUCAUGCCUCUGUCAUUUAUACACCGAACAAUGUGCAUUCUGAGAGAAAAAAUACAAAAUAUUAAUAAUUGUAAUAAUAUUUUAUUACUCUAUCCAGAAUGUGUCUCAGCUUUUACAAACGAACUGUGAAACUCGGUGGCGGUAUCUACCCGAGCGCUACUUUUUAUUAAGAGUGUUGUAAAAAAACCGUGUUAUGAAAAUGUUUUGACAAGAACCUGUGUCUCGAUCUCGAUCUGAUUUAUGUUGAAAUGUUCCGACUUUGCUGUCUUUAUUUCUCGUCGUCUCCCUUGCAUCGCUGAGAAUAUCAAAAACGGGCAGAAAAACGCCGGUUUGGUAACUGUACAACUUGUAUAUGUAAAGAAGCUCUGUUCAUUUGAGAUUUAUAUGAGAUGUUUUAUGUAUGAGUCAAAGGAAGCACAACAUUUAGGAUUCAGUCGUUUAUAAACAUCAUCAUAUAUGUGACGUCCUCCUACAAAACCAAUGUCAGAAUAUAACGACGCUGCAAGCUCACUAAGAAUUAAUUUAAAAAAAGUUAAAAUAAACAUUGCACAGGCUGCUUUAUAAUAAAUUUGGGUUUCACAAUGAAUGAUGGUGUGAUGCGGCAGGUGUCACCUCAGUAGCCGUUUCAUAAUAGAAAUGUUUAAUAUUCUGCAAUGCAUUACUUUAGUGACAAAUAACAUGAGAUUAAAAACGCCAGCCAUGAAGUCCUGAACCAUAAUGUGCAAUUUCCUUCCCUGCGCCCCAAAACCACCUUUAAUUUGUGAAUCAGCGGGAGGCUAAUAAUGAAGCCUGAUUAUUCUCCUGGACCUCACAUAUAUGUGCUGCUGUGUAGCAUAGUUUAAAACAGAGUCACUACAUCAUGUAAAAGAUUCAUUCACCGUACAAUGACUGAUUGUUACAGGACUUCAGAAUCAUCCGUCUGAUGAAUCACGAGUCAAAUACACUCUUUAUGAGUCUUUAUGAUGUAUAGAAACAGACAUCAACAAUGAAGGAAAUACUAAUGAUGUUAAACAAGGGCUGAAGACAUCUUAGUUUGUUUCUGGAUGUACUGGACGCAUUUGUGAUGAUCUGCUGAUGAACAUGAACAGGCGUUCGCAGUGAUUGUGAUUCGUUCGAGUGAAUCACUUCAAACUCUACGAUUCCUCAGCUGCUUUAAAACCAUUAAACCAUGUGUUUCUGACAUUCACAUGUUUUUUAUUAAAAAUGCUAUGUACUGUAGGUAAAUAUUGCUGUUUAUUAUUCUGUGUUGUUGGUGUGUAUAAAUGAAAACGUUCCUCAAUCAUUUUUCUUUGUGUUCGUUUAGUGAGAAACUGGUGCAAACAUGCCUUGAUUGUUUGGAUUCGAUUAUAACUGUUUUAAUAUUAUGUUUGAACAUCAAUAUAUUGAGUAAUUUGGAUAAUUGUAAGGUCCACAGCUCGAAUGCCAGGAUUACAUUUUGGUAAUAUUUGGUAAAUUCAGUCCUUCUAUUGCACAAAAAUAAAAUUGCAUAAACUUUUUGCAUUUCAUGGUUGAUAGAACAAUUAAAAAUGUCACAUUUACCAAUAAAACUCAGACCUAAAAGUGUGU